AUGCCACUGCCACUAAGCCCACGUAGUCCUGCCGGCUACGAAGAAUUGCGCGCAGGGAAAGAUGAAGUGGAUAACCAGAACCACAAACAUGCAGCUAUAAAAAGAGAUAGUAUUCGAACCCCAUUACGAAAAAGUGGAUGGGUACAGAUACUUAUUGUUGUGUUAUUAUCUCUGAUGUCAUUUGGGAUUGGAGCUGCUGUUGGACGGAGGUUUCCGAGGUUGGAGAGGGAAUUGGGGUUAUCGGGUAAGUUAUAAAUGAGUGGUGUUUUGGGAUGAGAAUUUUGAGAUUGGAUGAUGUGUGCGGCGAUGUCUGAUGUGCUGUUUUGAUAUUGGCUUGAACAUAGAGAUUGGGUAUUAGAUGUUGGCUGAUGGUGUGAAUUACAGUACCUCCAGGAUCAAUGAGAGAAACUUGGUAUCCUAAUACUACAUUUUCGAUGAAACCGACGCCCGAGUCGGAAGCUGCUUGGGGAUCUUUACUGCCGGGUUAGUAUUUAGAUACGUCCGUACGAGCACUGGUUCUAAUUAGUUGACAACUUUAAAGUGGGAAGGGGAUUCAUCUAUCGACCUGCGAUAGCACCAAUUGUAAAGAGUGUCUCAGUAUUCCAUCAACUACACUGUCUGGUACUAGCCCCUUCCCUCUAACACCCCACCCCUCUCCCUCCCACGUCUUCCAGUCCCCAUAUCACGAACCAUUAACACUUUCCGCAGCAUAGUCUCCGCACCUCUUACUACGACCUGCACUAUCAAAUCGCGCGCGCAGCUGGUGCACCACUAGAUCCAUAUAUCGAACAGAAAGCCGCUCAUACACAUAUUGAAACCGCACAUCAAAAGCAUUGUUUCGAUUAUUUGCGCCGUGCGAUAAUGUGUACCGCCGAUACGAAUCUAGAAUAUGUUGAUCCAAUGACGGAUGAUACGACUGGAUGGGAAGUGAGAGGGUUUGUAGGAGUUUGAGGAUGUGAAGGGAUGGGCAGAGAAGUGGGCUAAUGGGACGGGUAAGGGGAUCGCUUAGGCGCAGGUGGGGCAGGUGGGAGGAGAAGUGGAAGGGGGUUAGGGGUCAUGGAGUGAAGAAGAAGGAGAAAGAUGAGACGGAGUCCUGUAGGGCUUUUGUAUCUCUACGGUAUUAUCACUAGACUGAUAGGCAUCACAAGAUUUUAGAAGAGGUCGAGCACAAUUUAUGACUGACAAUUAUGUUCUCUAGAAAAAGAAAAUAUUACUGGAAUCGGAGGACGAAGUUAA